CCGCUUUAGGGGAGGAAAGAAAACUCGGGACCUUGACCCUAAGCGAUGAAAAUAUUAGGUAAAUUUACCCUAAGCUUAGGGUGCUCUUUGCUGAGUUUAUUUUGACACCUUAUAUCAAGGUUCGGUGUUUUCUUGCCUCCUGAGGCCGCUGUUUUCCGUGGAGCGGAAGGCCUGGACUUUUCAUUGCUUUUCAAUGCCGCUGACUCCGCUGUUCAGUUUUCUUGCUUCUGUUCUCGUGGUGCGCUGUAGAUCGGGUCGAAUAAUAACCAGUUACUCCCAGCAUCUGUCAGCUCUCUCUUCUCUUUUCAUUAUCACUCUUGCUGCUUGUUGGGUCGUUGUUGUGCUUUGUCGUUCACUGGCAGACAGGCUUCGGCCGAGUGAUCCAGAGAGUCCGCCGACUAACAACACUAUUUAUUUCCAUACGCAAGCAUUCAUCCAUCAGCGAAACCCAAAGGCUGAUUAAUAACCUCUCGAGCAUCAAUUCGACCUGUUGCUCUCAAUCAGUACUCUUUAGCAGUAUCGAUUCCGCUUGGCCGCCUUAUCAAGUCAUCGACGACCAGUGCUCGAUCAUACGCCCUUGCGUUGCGGCCUGAUCGAUUUGAGCUUGGAUCGAUCUCUCUUCUUCCUUGGAACGGCCACGCUUAUCUCGGCAAUUGAAAUUGGAACGGCGACAUAGCAAUUGCUCUGUUGAUGAACAGUGACUGGACUCUUCGACCUUCUGUCCUGAUUACAAUUGGGUGCUCUACCCUCCUUCGACGAUUCGCGAUCUGGCCUCCCUUACGUUCGCGCCUUCAAAAAUCUAACGCACCUGUGCCAGGAGACAUGCCCCGUCGGCUUAAUCCUUUCUCAUCCUCACCCUCCAUGUCUCAACCCGUCAAGUCGGGCGAGAGGCGCCCCUCUACCUCAAAAGGCAACCGUAUCACCAACUUCUUCUCCAGUAGCCCCAAGUCCACUGGUGCCCAGCAAGCCCUUGCCGCUGUGCAGCAGAACCAAGCCGCUGCUGCUGGGUUCUCUCCUUCUCCCGGUCUGCCUACAAUCUCUCUCUCAACAGCGAGCCCUGGCGAUCCCAACAGCAUCGAUGCCUCAACGACCACCCUCUUUCAGCCUAAGUCGGCCGAGGAGCUCGACCGUCAGAAGCGUGCCGAUGCUCAGUUUGGCCCUCUCCUCCACUCGAGUCAUCGAUACACCAGCCAGUCUCAUGGAGAGCCUCUCCAGGCCCCUAUCGAGGAUGAGCCUCCUUACUAUUUCAUUCUUACCACUUACAUCAGCUACCUCAUCCUGAUCGUUCUUGGUCAUAUUCGCGACUUCUUUGGUAAGCGUUUCGGAAACCCCAAGCACUAUCGCGCCCUCAAAGCCAGCAACGGCUAUGCAGCUCUCAACAGCGAUUUCGACAAUUUCUAUGUCCGACGUCUCAAGAUGCGCCUUGAUGAUUGUUUCGCUCGUCCCACCACUGGCGUCCCCGGACGAUUCAUCACACUGAUGGACCGCAAGUCCGACGACUUCAACCGCACUUAUCAAUAUACCGGUACCUACACUGAGACUCUCAACAUGAGUUCGUACAACUAUCUUGGUUUUGCCCAGUCUGAAGGUCCUUGUGCCGAUGCUGUGGAGGCCUGCGUCAAGCAAUACGGAAUCAGCUUCUGCAGCCCCCGUGGUGCUGCUGGUACUUCCGAUCUUGCUCUUGAGGUCGAGCGUGAGGUUGCCGAAUUUGUUGGCAAGCCCGCUUCUAUGGUUUUCUCUAUGGGUUACGUCACAAACUCAAGCUCUUUCCCCGCCCUUGUCUCCAAGGGUUGUCUGAUCAUUUCCGAUGAACUCAACCAUGCCUCCAUCCGUGUUGGUGCUCGUCUUUCUGGUGCCGUUAUUCAGAGCUUCAAGCACAAUGAUAUGGCCGAUCUGGAACGUGUUGUUCGUGAAGCUAUUUCCCAAGGUCAACCCCGCACCCACCGUCCUUGGAAGAAGAUUCUGGUCGUCGUCGAAGGUCUCUACUCUAUGGAGGGUACCAUGUGUGAUCUACCCGGUAUUCUUGCUCUGAAGAACAAGUACAAGUUCUAUCUUUUCGUUGACGAGGCUCACUCUGUCGGUGCUCUUGGCCCUCGCGGUCGUGGUGUUUGCGACUACUUCGGCAUUGACCCCUCCGAAGUUGAUAUUCUCAUGGGAACUUUGACGAAAUCUUUUGGUGCCAACGGUGGUUACAUUGCAGCCGAGAAGCAUAUCAUCGACAAGCUCAAGAGCUCCAACGCUGCUACUCAGUAUGGCGAAACUCCUGCUCCUUGUGUGCUCAUGCAAAUUUUGGCUUCCCUGAAACUCAUUACUGGCGAGCUGUGUCCUGGUCAAGGUGAGGAGCGUCUUCAGCGCAUUGCCUUCAACUCUCGUUACCUUCGUCUCGGACUUAAGCGUCUUGGCCUUAUUGUCUAUGGCCACGAUGACUCUCCUAUCAUUCCUGUCAUGCUCUACCACCCCGCCAAGCUCCCUGCAUUCAGUCACGAGAUGCUUCGACGAAAGAUUUCCGUCGUCGUUGUUGGAUAUCCUGCGACCCCACUCAUCAGCUCUCGCGCCCGUUUCUGUGUUUCUGCUGCCCACAACAAGGAGGAUCUUGACCGUCUGUUGGCUGCCUGCGACGAAGUCGGUGACAUCCUGCAGAUCAAGUUCUCGACCGGUGUGGCAGGCGGACUGGAACAUCUUCCCGAGGGCGUUGACCCCAAGAACGAAAAGGAAUGGAGAAAGGAAAACAGGAUCCCCCUUCAGGCCCCCCGUUGGAACCUGGAAGACGUUGUACAACACGGUGUCCAGGAUUCAAAGAUUCCCCUACGCUAAUAUCUCGGCCUCUUAAUCGAAUUUUGUUUCUGGUGUUUGAUACAUCCUUAUAAUCACUCAUGUACUCGGAGGUUGUCUGAGUGGUGUUUGACGCUUUUCAUAGAUACAUCCUGUGAAGGAACGCGACGUUGCACGACGUUUAAUGCCCUGUUCUUCUUGGCGGCUAGCCAUGCGGCUGUUGCCCUUUGCCCCCAAAUUCUCAUGCAAGAGGGGGGGGGGGGCCUUUUUUCUUUUUUUGGAACGGAAUAAUGGAGUUGAAGGCGUGUUGAGGUAAUGGGCCAUGUUGGGAAUGGGAAUCAUGAGCAAGACUCACUCUACCAACCUAAGUCUCAAGGCUUGGAUGAGUAUAGCAUAUAGAGUAAUCGUUAGUCGACAAAUAUAGAUCUGAAGCAGCAUAGAUUUGCUUCAACUAAUCAAAGAAACGUAUACAUGAAGAUCUCAA